AUGUCGUCUCUCUCGACCACAACGGCGGCGCGAGGCGUCAAGAGGGAGAGGGAGGAUGGCGGGCGCAUCAGGAUCAAGGUGCAGGACCUUAACGGGUCCAGGAUCUACUACACCAUGCGGAAAACUGACAAGUUGCAGAAUCUGUUUGACUUCUACUACCGUAGCAUGGCUGAUCUUGAUCUGAACACUGGUCGGUUCGUCCUCGACGGCAAAAGGAUGCAAGGUUGGCAGACGCCGUCUGGUUUCAACAUGGAGGACGGCGACGAGGUGGACUUCUUCACCCAGUGUCUGGGAGGAUGCGACCAUAUAUAUACACAACUCUCCGAUCUGGGCGCCGCCGCUCCCACGAAACCUAGAAAAACACAACAACACACGAACCCCACCGACCGUGCAGAUCCGCCGACCAUGUGGAUCACUCCGGCGCGGAGCGUCAAGGGGGAGGCGAAGGACGGCGACGGGCUCAUCACGAUCAAGGUGCAGGACCUCAACAGGUUCAGGGUCCACUACACCAUGCGGAUGACCGACCAGCUGCAGAGCCUGUUCGACUUCUACUACCGCAGCAUGCCCGGCGUUGAUCGCAACACGGGCCGGUUCUUCGUCGACGGCAAACGGAUGAAGGGCUGGCAGACCCCGGCUGACUUCAACAUGGAGGACGGCGACGAGGUCGACUUCUUCGUCGAGUUGCUCGGAGGCGCGCGGAGGACGGCCUAGCUCGAUCGAUCGCUGACGGUCAGCGUGAGAGUACUAACGAGCAAUUUAUUUCUGCUUAGUGUAAUCGUGGCUAUCCUUUACUCACUCCGUUUCAUAUUAAAGUGACUCUUUAUUACAUGUA